AUGACUGUCAACGAUAUCAAGGGGAAAUCUAAAGAGAAUGUUGUUGAUAAAAAAAGUCCAAAGCCAGCGGAAAAGGUGGAUGUAGCGAUAUUGGAAGAGGAUGAUGAUUUUGAAGAGUUUCCAGCACAUGCAUGCUCUGGUGUUCCUGCUGGUGAAGAAGCUACACUUUGGGAAGACAAUUGGGACGAUGAUAUAGUAGAUGACGAGUUCACCCACCAGUUGAGAGCUGAAUUUCAGAAGCAGGGCAAAGCCUUUGUCGUUCCUGAAAUCUCUGCGAAUUUCGACUAA